AUGCCCUUGAACACGGUCGCACUUAGUGUGGCCCUCACCCCUGCUGUAAUCUCGACAUUCUUCUCUCAUUAUUUGCACCGCAAAUCACUCCAUCAUAAACCAAGCGUCCAUAUCGAAUAUGAUGAAGGUGUUCGGAUAUUCCGAGAAUUCCUCGCCUACUCGGCCAAGCACUCCGUCGAGGACCUUCAAUCCUUCACGAGCCAGAGAGUCCCCAAUCCUCACUGGGUGAGGACAGAAACGGUUUCCAUACCCACCCAAUAUCUGUCAUCUGCCGCAACGGCCCUGAUCGACCAAUUAGGUCCCAAGGGGUUAUCACAGGUUGGAGGGAAAGAGUGGUGGCAAUGGCGCGGACUAGAAGAUGAAUUGAAAGGUGAAUGGGUCGAAAUGAGAAAUGAUUACAACGAGAGAACGCGGGCUAGAAAGAUUCACGGGAUUCAUCCGAGCCAGAAACGUAUUAUGUUCUACAUACACGGUGGAGCGUAUUACUUCGGAAGUUUAGAGACGCAUCGGUACCAAAUGCAACGUCAUGCCAGGAAGCUCAAGGGACGAGUGUUUGCACGAGCGCUAAGUAUGUUUGAUGCAGCGGCAUACCGUCUAGCUCCACAGUUCCCAUUUCCUUGCAGCCUGCAUGACUGCUUGGCUGCAUACCUUUUCCUUUUGAAGGAACACAAGCCGGAAGAUAUCAUAUUUGCUGGAGACUCUGCCGGCGGAGGAAUGGCGCUCUCUCUGCUAUGUAUUCUUCGUGAUCAGGGCCUGCCUCUGCCUGCAGGAGCGAUCCUGAUUUCACCCUGGGUUGACCUCACUCAUUCUUUUCCUAGUAUAGUGAAGGAUAACCCCGGUGAUUAUAUACCGCCAUACGGUUUCAGGCACAAGCCUUCCGCCGCCUGGCCGCCGCCAAACUCGGAUGAAAUAGAAGCCAUCAAGAAAGGCCUCGGGAAGCGGCCUGCUACCGAAAACGGUGCACAAGAGGCGAUCCCGCCUAAGGGCAGUCAGGCUCAGGAGACAGCUGUCAAAGGUUAUUCGGUUCUCGAAAACCCAUCGGCCAAAGAAUCUAUUAAUACAGCGAAGGAGCCCGUUAAUCCUAGGAUCCUCAUUGAUGGUAAGACCGUUGAGAUCAAGGACCAAAUUCAUAUGUAUACGACGAACCAACUCCUAUUCCACCCACUCGUUUCCCCUGUUCUACAACCGUCCCUGGGAGGCCUACCGCCUUUGCAGAUUUUAAGCGGUGGUGGAGAAAUGCUACGAGACGAGCAAUUCUACGUUGCUCAUAAAGCAGCGAAUCCGACUGCUUACCCGCCCAGUGACGCUUUUCUGGACGAGUACGACCCCGAACGUGAAGUGCUACACAAAUACCCCGGGACCCACGUCCAGCUUCAAGUUUGGGAUGAUCUUUGUCAUGUUGCGACCACUUUGAGUUUUACUCGCCCAGCGAAAUACAUGUUUCGAUCAAUCGCACAGUUUGGAGCAUGGGCUCUUGCAUGUGCUCAGAAAACUAAGAUUGAAAUUGUGGACGACACGGAGAUCUCACCUAUAUCGUCCGAUAGCUCGGAAGACCCAGAAACACCCGCAAAUGCGCCUCAAGCAGAGAGUUCGAAACAGUCUGUGGCACCUGUCGGGAAGACUGUCGGGAAGGCUGGCGCUCAGUUACCUCCGUUCAAAGAGCGCAUGGUUCGUCAAAGGGUCGACAAAAGAGGUCAUAUAUAUCAUUUGGAACCCCAGGCUUCGUAUCCAGUCCUUCAAAUCCCAAGUACACAAGUCGGGACCAUCAAUCCAGAACUGGUCAAGAAAUGGCUUGCGGCGAAAAAGGAAUGGGAUGUGAAAUUCGCCAAGGACAAGCUUCAUGUCCAGCGCCAACGAAUUAAAGAGUUGGCUCAAUGCUUCCAACAAGAUUUUGUGGGCGAGGUGCCCCCUCCCAGUUCACUGGCGGCGAGAAGGUCUGCCCCUGGAGUCAUGCCAUCUCGAGGUGGUCGAAAGAGCUACCCUAUGACAAUGUGGAGCAAUUGGGCCAGCAGACAUGACGAGAGGAGCCUGCAAAGGGAGCACAAGAAGGAGAAAGAGGGACAAUCUAGGAGAACCAGUGUGGAAGCUGGACGUGCCGGAGCGUGUAUGAAAGCAACAGACGCUGAUAAAGGUGGCUCUCCGGAUAAAGAACAGGAUACAUCAGACGAGACAAAGAGCUCAGAAACCCGAACUGAGGAAGAUGUCUCUCGCAGGCUUGACGAUAAGACUUCCAGUCCUAUGAUACUCCUGCCCCCAUAUGACGAGACGAGGUUCACGGAGGAAAACGCGAGCACGCAAGCACUUUUCCACGCACGAGGAACUAUAGCCUCAACUUCCGACCUAUCCAUGGCCCAAAAGCAACGACCGGUGUCCCAAGCGGGGUCAGGCACUAUUCGAAGCGGCAUCACAUCCCAUGUUGCAGAUGAUACCAGUACUCUCGGAGACAGAUCGCUCGCUGUUACCAACACCGGCGUCGAUGCCGCUAGUACUCGGGCCGUACGAAACUCUGUCGGAGUCGUGGGCCUGAUCAACGAUGGUGACUCGGCCUAUCGUUCCAUUGAUUUCUACUCUAUACGUCGCGACUCGGGUGACCUUGAGACCACUUCUCUUGGUGAGAGGACGACGGAAGGAGAUAUCUCUCGCACCGUUUCUCGCCCGGGGAUGGCCGACCGGGAGUUUUAUAAAACUGCACAGGAGCACCCUGUAGCUUGA